AUGGCAGAGACAAAAAUGAGAAAUAAAAAAAGGAAAAGGGAAAAAGGCUUGGAGCAUGAAAGUCACGAAAUAUCCAUUGAAACGAGAGCUUAUGAUUCCUACAUUCACAGCAUACUUUCAGCAUCUUUGCUUAUUUCACUACACACUCAAACUCAAAGGUUAAGGAUGGAAAGAAAAAAUAAUAAAAGUGAAGUGGAAAAAAGGCCGAAAUCAGAAAGAGAAUUACAUCAAUUAGACCCGUUGGGAUAA